CUUCUAUGAUUAGGGCUGCAGCGAGGAGGGGAAAGGAGGGUGCCACAGAGAAAGGUCAGGGGGGCUUUUACACACAAUCAGUUGCCGCCUUCUUGUUGACAGCACACCGUGAACUGCGGUUAAUUUGUUUCUAACGUGGUGGCACCGUGACGUUCCCGACUCACUGGCUCUGGCUAUUGGAGUUAGAAUGAGGCUUUGCCGCUGAUCUCCGGGGAGUGAGCAGAGCGCGUGAAGCUUUUUGGGGUUUGUGUUCAUCAUGGCUCUGGAGACUGCCUUGCUCCUGAAAGCAGGGUUUGUGCUGCUGAUGGCAGCUCAAGUCCUUGCAUCAGUGUCUGGCUGUAACAGGGGAGUCUACACGUUUCUUAUCAAUGAUCUCUGCUUGGCGAAUUUCACAUUCAACAUGGAAAAUCUGGAUCGAGGUUUAUGGUGCAGCUGGAAGGACACAAUGGAGAUCUAUGAGGGACUCACAAACUGCACAUACCAGGUGGCCUUGAGGAUAAACUGCUUCUGGCCAAAUCAGAUAGUCGACCGUUUCUUCAUGGAGAUUCAUCAGAUCUACUUUCAUGACUGUGCUCUGACUGGUCGGCUCCUGCAUGACCCACCGAUUAGCAUCCUCGCCCCAUUUAUCACAGUGCCUGUACUGGUCACCCUGCUCAUGACUGCUGUAGUGGUGUGGAGGAGCAAACGCACACAGGGAAUGCUAUAGGGACCGUCAGAGUGUUAGGUUUGGGCUUGUAGAGCGUUCCGGAAGACAUUUCUUAAGCAUAAAGAUGCUCUUUUAAUUUUCUUUUCAUAUUCCCGUGUUGAUAUUGAGCAUAUUGACUAUUUGGAAGCUGCAGUGAAACAAUUGCAUGUUGUGAAAGAUGUUAAUAGAAAUAAAUUCUGCAUUUGGUA